AUGGAUGAGAUCAUCAGAUUACAUGGAAUUCCCGUGAGUAUUGUGUCUGACAGAGACCCAAGGUUUGUUUCAAGAUUCUGGCAAAAGAUGCAAGAUGUGUUGGGGACAAAACUGAACUUUAGUACUACUUAUCAUCCUCAGACCGACGGACAAUCUGAGAGGACAAUUCAGACUCUUGAGAACAUGUUGAGGACCUGUGUUGUAGAUUUUGGAGAAAGUUGGAGUAAAUAUUUAACCUUGGUGGAAUUUGCUUAUAACAAUAGUUUCCAUUCUUCUAUACAAAUGGCUCCGUAUGAAGCCCUUUAUGGUCGGAAGUGUAGGUCUCCAAUUUGCUCGGAUGAAGUAGGUGAAAGGAAGAUCUUAGACCCGACUACAGUAUCUUGGAUUGAGGAACCUAAUGAAAAGGUAAAGUUGAUACGCCAGAGGAUCCAAAUCACCCAGAGCCGUCAAAAGAGCUAUGCCGAUAAUCGGAGAAAGGAUCUAGAAUUUAUUGUUGGAGAUCUAGUGUUUCUCAAGAUUACGCCUUUGAAAGUGAGUUUGAUGUCUGGAAGGGGAAAGAAACUACAACCGAGGUUUGUAGGGUCUUAUAAGAUUAUCCAGCGCGUGGGGAAUGUGGCAUACAAGUUGGAGUUGCCACCGAGUUUAUCUCGAAUCCAUAAUGUAUUCCAUGUGUCCAUGCUUAAGAAGUAUCACCCAAACCCCUCUCAUAUUUUGCAACCGAAGAGUAUUAAAAUUGAUGAAACCUUGACCUAUGAGGAGAAACCAGUGAAGCUACUGGAUAGGAAAGUGAAGGAGUUGAGAAAUGAACAGAUACCGUUGGUGGUUAGAGAACCUCCAAUUGAACUUAGAGAAUUACUUGGAGCUGACAUAUCAGGGGUUGCUACCCCACGUUUGACAUGUCUAUACAUUAGUUCUACUUCUAGAUCUGGCUCAACCAGAAAUUCAGAACCGUCUUUUGCAAUAUUACUUCUGAUCAUCAUGUUUUCUCUAAUACUUUUGCUCAUGAUGUCCCUCCUUAUCAUGGUCAUCAUGAAGAAAGGCAAAUUUUUGGGGAAUGCAGAAAAGAACAGUAAGCAUUUCUCUCCCAAACUUCCCCCAGGCCCCUCUCCAUGGCCUAUAGUUGGAAGCUUACUUGAGCUAUACAGAAACCUUCCACCAUUCCAAUGGAUUGAUGGCAUCAUGAAAAAAUUGGAAACUGAUAUCGCGUGCUUCCGGCUAGGCAGUGUUCAUGUUAUUGUUGUGAAUUCUCCAGAGCUAGCUAGGGAUUUCUCACACAAUCACAAUGCAAUAUUUGCCUCUAGACCUAUUACCAUGGCUACCCAACAUUCCAGCCAUGGAUAUCUCAGCAUGGCGGUUUCUCCAUUGGGUCCUCAAUGGAAGAAAAUGCGGAAAAUGUACACCACUCAUCUAAUAACGCCUUCAAGACUUCGAUGGCUACUUGAGAAGAGAAAUCAAGAAGCUGACAACUAUGUUUCCUUCAUUUUUAACCAGUGCAACAAAUCUUCUUCUUCUGAUGGCUCAGUCAUCAAUGUAAGAACUGCCCUUCGUCACUAUGUUUCAAAUGUCAUUAAGAGAAUCAUUUUUGGCAAAAGAUAUUUUGGGGAAGGUGGAAAAGAUGGAGGCCCAGGGAAAGAGGAAGAAGAGCAUGUUGAAAUAGUUUUUAAACUCUUGAAGUACAUGUUUGCCUUUGGUGUAUCUGAUUAUCUGCCAUGGUUGAGAGUGUUGGAUAUACAGGGUCAUGAGAAAAGUGUCAAGAAGGCUAUGAGAAUUUUGAACAAGCACCAUGACCCCAUCAUAGAGGAAAGAAUCAGGCUAUGGAGAGAUGGGAAAAAGAAAGAGCCCGAAGAUCUACUGGAUGUUAUGAUAACAUUGAAGGACGAGACAGAAAAAUCAUUGUUAUCAGAAGAAGAGAUCAAAGCUCAGUGCAUUGAGGUGUUCUUUGGGAUGGACAGUCCAACAACUUCAGUUGAGUGGGCAUUGGCAGAAAUGAUUAACAAACCUGAGCUACUACAAAAAGCUGUGGAUGAGAUCGAUAAAGUGGUCGGAAAGGAAAGACUGAUUCAAGAAUACGAUGUUCCACAGUUAAACUAUGUUAAAGCUUGUGUUAAGGAAGCUUUUCGGCUCCAUCCUGUUACUUUUUUUAAUCUUCCGCAUGUUUCAACUGCGGAUGCAAUUGUUGGUGGCUACUUUAUCCCGGAGGGCAGCCAUAUUUUGUUGGGCCGCUAUGGUCUAGGUCGAAACCCUAAAGUUUGGGAAAACCCUUUGGAGUUUAAGCCUGAACGUCAUUUUGAUUGUGAUAAAUCAUCUAAAGUGGAGCUGAUAGAUCCAGAGUUGAGAAUGAUUUCCUUUGGUUCUGGAAAGCGUGCUUGUGCGGGGAUUGCACUUGGUACACCUUUAAGUGUGAUGGCAUUAGGGAGGAUUGUCCAGGCAUUUACUUGGAGUGUGCCCAAAACUUUAGAAAAUAUUGAUUUGUCUGAAGUUCCAAAUGGUUUGGAGUUGGCUAAACCACUACAUGCAUAUGCAAAGGCGCGAUUACCAUCCACCAUGUAUCCUAUCAUGCUAAAUGGGUUUUAAAUGCUAGCAGUAAAUGUGAAACAUCUCAACCUAUUUGUAUAGAGUACUCAAG